AUGACUCCACCACUCCUGGGAUGGUGGACCGUAUCUCUCGUCAGUCCUACUCAUCCACUGGUUUUCCCAGAUCAACAAAGAAUAUCAGACAUAUACUCACAGGUGGCAGAGAAUCUCAAAGGCGCCGUGGCAGCUCAUGGACGCAAUUGGAUCUGGCCCGACUCUUCGAUUGAUGUAUGGUGUGAGGAGAAAGGUGCUGAUGGGUUUCCGCCCGUUCCAGACGACAAACCGCUCCCAUGGCUUGGAGGGUGUGAUGUGGGCACCUUCGCUUACAGUUAUAUUCGAAAGAAUGCUUACUGGUUCCACACCGGCUAUACCAUUGUCUUUCGCCCGAGGAUGUGGAGAUCCGUCACUCUUCCGGGGGUGGGAACGUUACCGGGGAAGCGAAGCUUGAACGAUGUCUUGUCUCUGGCUAGAAGCAUCCAGGAAAUAGCACAGAACCCAGAGUAUCUCGUUCAUAACCGUGGCGAGACCUAUCUGCAUGAAUUGAUGCAUCUCGAUGAUCUGUCACACCCUGAGCCACCUGAGUGGGAGGAUAUUGAUUCAAUUGAGGUAUCGCCUAGACCGAAGGAAAAUCCUAGUUUAAACGACGAGCCGAAUCCCGAGUUUCGUACUUUCAACACGACCCUUUGGCUCGAAGCCGGAUCGGACGACAUUCCAGACAACACCCCGGUUCCUGCCCACGAACCGCCUCCGGCUCCUCCUCAAUGUCUCCCAAGCAACACUGCGGCCGAUCCCUCUCUGUUCAUCGACCUAGCGGGCAAGUUUUGCUCCCAGGUUGUGAGCGUAGUUGCAAUUGUCCUGUCUUUAGACGAGACCGCUCUAGACCCUCCGGUGAUGGGCGCCACGAUCAAAACCACGUUCAGCUACACGCCGGCCGAGUCCAGCCGGUUCACAUGUGCCCUAGAUUGCGUCGAAACGUUCAAGCAUUUGGCAAGCUCCUACCAAACCAAUAGUCAUACCCUCACCGGUCGAGCCGAUGUCGUCAUAAGAUGCGGCACAUAG